CCACUUUCAAUCUUCACGUUACUUCCUCUCUUCCACUUCGUCUAAUUUUUACAUUUAAAUAUCACCUGACCUGUGGAUUGUCAUAAGAGGGAAUGGAGGAUUCCAUUAUUCAACAUGAGUAUGAAUGACCUUUACAACCUCGUACAGAUACAUGAACAAGAGCACCUGGAGAGCCUUAGUAAAUAUCCUGCACUGUGGACACAUGUAUCACGCCAUAGAAGCCACCAAUAGAUGACUUCAGGGACGAGACAUCCUGACAACACUGCCCUCACCUCAAGUCUCAGCUGAUUUUCCUUUUUCUACAAUGUUGCUGUAAAGUUAUCUACCCAGUCAAGAAACCCCCUCCCCGACCCCCGGCUGCCCUCCUUCUGACACAGUGCCCCUCUAAGGGGAAAUGCCUGUCUUGCUUAAUGCCGACACCUCCUUCAGCUCCAAGCAGGAGCUCCUGGACCUUCAGGACUGCCCUCUCAGCGGUGGCCCCUCUCUUGACACCCCUAGCCCCCCAGACUCCCAGACAGGCAGCCCAGUUGGUUCAGCCCCGAGAAGUCCUGGCAGCCCCGAAGAUGUCCCAAUUCGGCCCCCUAUUUUCACAGGGGCUUCCACAGUACCUGGGCAGCUAUACGCGGUCGAAACGAGACCCCAUCCGGAGCCUCCCUUGGGGUUAAAGCUGAUCUCAACCGAGGCGGUUCAGCUAUGUGGCUGGGGGGCCCUGACGCCCAAAGCCAUCCAAGGGUUCAACACCCCUCGCUGGGUGCUGUUCUUCCUCUGCGUGGCCUCCUUCCUCCAGGGGAUGAUCAUUAAUGGCUUCAUCAACACAGUGGUCACCUCCAUAGAGAGGCGCUUCGACCUGCGCAGCUACCAGGCCGGCCUCAUCGCCAGCACCUACGACAUCGCCGCCUGUGUCUGCCUGGCUUUUGUCAGUUACUUCGGCGGGACGGGACACAAGCCUCGCUGGCUGGGGUGGGGGGUGCUGAUCAUGGCUGUGGGUUCUCUGGUGUUUGCCUUGCCUCACUUCACCACCCCGCUGUACCAAGUCAGUCUGACCGAGCCAACGGUCAUGUGCUCGGACAACCGUACCAGCCCAUGCCGGGACAAAGAGGGCGGGGGAUUGUCCAGCUAUCGGUUUGUGUUCAUGCUGGGGCAGUUUCUACACGGUGUGGGCGCUACGCCUCUCUACACACUGGGGGUCACAUACCUGGAUGAGAACGUCAAGUCCAACUAUGCACCUGUUUAUAUUGGGAUCUUCUACACGGCAGCCAUUGUGGGUCCGGCAGCAGGCUAUCUGUUGGGAGGAUACUUCCUCAACAUGUACACUGAGAUCCACCUGAGGACAGAGAUGACUCCAGAUAACCCUCUGUGGGUCGGGGCCUGGUGGAUUGGAUUCCUCGCUGGAGGAGCAGCGGCUCUGCUGGUAGCGUUCCCCAUCCUGGGAUACCCACGACAGCUUCCAGGCUCUCAGGAGUACGUGGCCAUGCGGGUUUCUGAAGCCCACCAGCUGAAGGACGGCAGCCACACCACAGCCUCAGACCCUCAGUUUGGAAAAUCAGUCAAAGACAUGCCAAGGUCCGUGCUGCUCCUCUUGAAGAACCCCACCUUCCUGUUCCUGUGCUUGGCCGGGGCAACAGAGGCCACCCUCAUCGCAGGAAUGUCCACCUUUGGUCCAAAGUUCUUGGAGUCUCAGUUCAGCCUCAGCGCAUCAGAAGCUGCCACAUGGUUCGGAUACAUGGUGGUACCAGCAGGCGGGGGUGGCACCUUCCUGGGCGGCUACAUCGUGAAGAGAUUGAACCUGCGCUGUCGAGGCAUCAUCCGUUUCUGCAUGGUGUGUGCGAUUGUAAGUCUCCUUGCCAUCUUCAUCUUUCUCAUCCACUGCCCCAACGUGCCAAUGGCCGGUGUCACAGCACCAUACCAGUAUGACCUGAUGGAGAAACACCAACUGGACCAGUACAGAGACCUGUAUGACGAGCCCAGGAAGCUUCGCCUCGGAAACAGCUCUCUGGAAGAGACCCUGACGGUAGGCUGUAACGCCGGCUGUGGUUGUGUCAGAGAACUUUACAACCCGGUGUGUGGGGCAGACGGUGUGAUGUACUAUUCCCCCUGCCACGCUGGAUGCAGCUCCGUCAACCACACCGACCGCUACACAGGCAAACAGGUGUACUCAGGAUGCAGCUGUGUGGUCGGGAAUGUGUCCACAGCCGAGGAGGGCUUCGCUCUAAGAGGGAAGUGUGUGAGCUCCUGCCACCACAUGCCAGCCUUCCUCUCCUUCCUCUUCAUCAUCAUCUCCUUCACCUUCCUCUGUAGCAUCCCAGCUCUCACCGCCACGCUCAGGUGUGUUCCGGAUAGCCAGAGAUCCUUUGGACUGGGGAUCCAGUGGAUCGUGGUGCGCACAUUAGGUGGUAUCCCAGGACCCAUAGCAUUUGGCACUGUGAUCGACAUCUCCUGCUUACUGUGGCAGGAUAAGUGUGGUGAGCAGGGUUCCUGCUACCUCUAUCACAACUCAGCCAUGAGCCAGUACACACUGAUAGCUGGUAUUAUCUAUAAGGUUUUAGGGACAAUCUUCUUCCUGUUAGCCAGCAUCCUGUACCAGCCUCCCCCUGAGUCGCCUCAGAGCAGCUGUGAGAGCACGGACCACGGGGCGGGGGAGCUGAGCGACCUGCCUGUCAAAGACCUACCUGAAGACGGCGUAAUCGUCAACCUGCACGCCAGGUUAUGACGUCUGAGACCCCCCCCCCCCAACCACUGAGUCUCUGUCUGUGUAUGCUUGUGUGUGUAGGUUCUGCAGUUUGUGAACGUGUGUUUGGGUGGUUAUGGGGGGUGCUUCCUUUGUACCAACAGCCUUCUCUCAGCCAUAACGUCACCCCCCCCAACAUACACUUGUGUGCAUGCAAACACAUGCAAUCACACAAAUGGACAAGAUGAAAUACAGACACACAAACCACACACAGCCCCAGGAUGCCUUCAUACACAUCUCUCAUUUCUCUCUCACACACACACACACACACACACACACACACAGAACAUAAUGACUUCUAACAUGCUGCUCUUUGACGACACUUGUGUGUAUCAGUGUACAAUUGGCAAGGCGUGCACAGAGCGUUCUUACUCCUACUUUGUCAAAUACGACAGCUUGGUAAACGGACCAAGGAAUAAAACGAUGAGGCUCCUCUCUCUCCUCUCGCAACAGUUUCGUAUGGCCAUAGUAAUUAUAAGAGGAUUAAAGGAGGUAUUAAAAGAAUAAUAACAACGUUAUUAAUCUGCUUUCACAUAAAAACAGUACACAUUUAUGCACGCCGAGAAUGAAACAAACUAAAAAACGGCAACUAAAACAUACCUCAACAAAAACAAACAGAAUGAAAGUAUUUCUAAAAAAAGGAUAUAAAUUGAGGCUAUGGAAUAUAAAAAGUGAUUUAAAGGACGUGACAAAGAUUACAGCUUGUAUCUCCUCAGGCAAGACAUCCAAAGUCGAGAAGCCUGGCAGCAGAAGCUCUGUCUCCUUUGUGUUUGGCUAAGGACCUGGGACGACCAGGAGCAGCGAUAAAUAACUGGGGCGAGGUCUCUCUUGGGUUUGGAAAUAAUCAAUAGAAUCUUAAAAUUGAUUCUUAAAGCGACAGGUAGUCAGUGUGAGGAAGUCAGCGGGCGUAGUGGGGAAAGUGAAAACGUCCUUGUUCAGAAAGGGGUGGGGUGGAUGGAGGGGUCCAACAAACAGAACUGUCACCCAGAUCACUGCUGUUCAUUUCCCAUGCUAAACAGAAAUGUUUCAUAAUUUACUCUUUUUUUCACUUAUGUUAACCCACAUUACUUACGUAACUUACCUACGUUACCUAUAUGACAUAAGAAAGAUUUUGACCCCACUGUUAUAACAAAGUAGUAACAUAAUGUACUUUGCUUACAUCAUUUAACUUAUGCAACUAAAAUACUUGUUUUAAGUCCAACAAUGAUAUUUUCCCAAACCUAGCCAACCAGUUGUGUGGCCUUAACAAGUACUAACGUAAUGUAUUUAACUUAGAUCACAUACGUGACAUCCAGUUUACUGCCUGUUUAAGUUAAUCGUAUUGCCCUGCACUUAAAAAAAAAAGGCUUUUAUAAUUUACAAGGGUUUUUAUUUGACUAGCUGGGACUGAGAACAUGUCGCGAUACCACUCAAGUUGUUCACAACAAUUUUACAGAUAACUCAAUACGAUGUUAAAUCAUUUAAAAUGACUUUUAAGAAUGUGAGUCUGAGAAUGUUUCAUAUUUCACGUCUUUUUCCUUAAAAAGACGUGAAAUAUGAAACAGGUGUUAUAUAUGCCAUGUGUAUGAGGCAUUUAUGAUGUGGAAAAAAAGGUUAUUUAUAUCCAUCCACUCUUUCUGUUCUUUCCCCAUUACUGGAAGAUAGUUACACUGCUUUAUACAACCCCACAGAGAUAAAGCUGUGGUAUACUGUAUGAGAUCUCCAGGCCAGUCAUAGUGAAAGCCAAACCAUGUCGUAUCAUAUGUCAUAUUUUAAGCCAAGAGUAUCUAAAGGCACUAACAUUAGUAUAAUGUGAAAACCUGGUCACAGUACAGCAGCACAAAUAUAUUUUCAAUUAGAAAAGCACAUGUGUAUUUUUGCUUGUCUCUUGGACACAUGUAAAAGAGAUUUAUGAACAGUAAUUGGCUUGCAUUUGUUCGUAGUAAUACAGAGAGGAAGAAAACCACAAUGCGCUGAUGGUCUACAUGAAAAAGAUCUUUAUAGGGAUAGAGCUAGAGUUUAACAGAAAGAGCUUUGACGCUUCUCUUCCAUAGAAAUCGCAUAGCUGCACUUUAAAACAACAACACAAAAGCACUGAGAAACUUGGGAAGUACGCUUAGAUAAAGGCUUGCUCACACCAGCGGUUCAAAUGGCAAUUGUGCAACAAAAUAAAAUAUGACUUAAUGGCAUCUCAGCGGUCGGUUUGCUGGGGUAAGGUAAAGUGUUAAGGAAACAGGAGGUAUAUAAAUGUAGUCCAUAUGCCAUUUAGAAUGAUCCCUACAUACACUAUAUAGACAAAAGUAUUGAGACACUCCUCUAAAUCAUUGAAUCCAGGUGUUUCCUUCGGGCCAAUUGGCACUUGUGUAUAAAAUCAAGCACCUGGCCAUGCAGUCAACUUCAUAUUAAUGCCUAAAAGCUUCUGUAGGUGUAAUGUGUAUGUGUCCCAAUACUUUUGUCUAUAUAGUGUAUAUACAGGGGGAACAGGUCCUCCUGAAGGGAGAGCAUUGUGCUGCACCACCAUGAUUCUAGAGAAGCUCAGAACACACAAACCAAACAUCGGCUAUAGAGAGGGCCUUGUGCGUUUUUCUCUAUAUAAAGGACACCGCAGUUCUUCAACGCGCUUGUAACAUGGUGGUUAUGCCAGUUAUGCCUAACGGAAUUGAGUUGCUACUAAAAAAGUAAUUUGGUAAGGAUGGCCUUGAGUGAGGUGAGGGUCCUAAGCAAUACCGUGUACUUCUUUAAGUGACCUUAGAUGGAAUGGAGAGGGUCCAAUGUUUAGGAAGCUAUUGUAGCCUGCUCCAGAAAUACAAAAGCCUUAUUCAAAAUGCAAUUACAUUUUUUACAGAAUAAAUAAAAGGUCGACCUCUAGCGAUUCAAUUGGUGACACAAUUUGACUGUUUGAAAUGCGGGUGUGAAAGAGCCUCUGAGAGGGAAAUUAUGGCAAGCAUUUUGAAGUUUGAGCUGCCAAAUGCAAUGCACAACUGGCAUGAGAUGCAGUUUAACAGGUGAGCAGUUAUUUGGACUUAAUUAUCACUGUACUGUGAGUACACAAAUGUGCCAAAGCAGCCUUGCCUAACAACUCUUGUGUUUUAUUUGUUUAACCAUUUACAUUAUUUAUGCAAAUGAUGUAUUUAUAAUGUUUCAGCACAUAUUUGUUUUGAUUUUGCAUUCACUGUGCGAUGAUAAAAGUAAUGCUGCCCUUGCUCUCCUCCUUCCGCCCACCACACUCCUGUCUUUAUUGUUUAUGUGAUAGUGACAGUCUAAUGUAUGUUGCCUGUGUUGUUGUCAUGUACUCUGCUCACAUAACGGUGACUUGAACACCUCAAGCUGGUGUUGAAAAGUUCCUCCAUGUGAAUGUGUAAAUGCAGUCCUCCCAGUUGUGCUUUUUAACCAAUCCCAAGCUUUGACAAACCACUCUGUAAAUUGAUUUUUAUUCUUUUUUAUUUUGUUUUUGGUACUGUAUGGUUUUUUUUUAAAGCAGUGGACUUGAAAUCAAUGAUCUUUUUAUGGAAUGAUUCAAAGAUGUCAAGUGUUUUUUUAAAUACAAUACCUGAACAGUG